AUGGUGGCUAUUGACAUCAAUAAUGUCUCGCUGGCGCUCUCUGUAGUGGGCGGGUACGUCUGUAGUAUCGGCCUCGUCUCCUAUCUGCUGAAAGAGCGCCUCUUCGUGUCCGAAGCACUAUUGGCCACCAUCGCAGGUAUCAUAUUCGGACCGCUAUGUGCGAAUAUAUUCAACCCCCUCGACUGGGUUGGCGGGAGCGAAAAAGACCUGGAAAGCCUCACGCAUCAAAUCACUCGGAUCGUCAUUGCCAUCCAAGUGCUCUUUACAGGAAUCUCCCUGCCCAAGGCGUAUCUUCGGAAAGAAUGGCUCAGUCUUACAACGCUGUUGCUGCCGAUCAUGACGACAGCCUGGUUCGUCACCAGUCUGCUGGUGUGGGGCUUGAUACCUGGUCUAUCAUUCGUGGAAGCCCUGGUCAUUGGGAGUUGCGUUACCCCGACAGAUCCGGUAUUGGCAAACUCCAUUUGCAAGGGUCGAUUUGCAGAGGAACAUGUCCCCCUCAGCGUCCGGAACAUCAUCGUGGCGGAAGCAGGAGCGAACGAUGGCUUGGGCUUCCCGUUCUUGUUCAUCCCGCUUUACCUGAUUCUCAUCCACGAACCAACACACCGGUGGCAUACUGUCGGAGGAGCAGUUUUGGAAUGGUUUUACAACAUCGUUCUGUAUCAGAUCGUCCUCUCGUGUAUCCUCGGAACUAUCAUUGGCUAUAUCGCACGCAAGGCAUUGCGGUUUGCGGAAAGCAAAGAGCUCAUCGACCACGAGUCUUUCCUCGCCUUCGGCGUCGCCCUUACGUUCUUCACUCUCGGCAUCGUCGGAAUCAUUGGCUCGGAUGAUAUUCUUUGCUGCUUCGUCGUGGGCAACAGCUUCACUUGGGACGACUGGUUUCGAAAAGAGACGGAGGAUCACGCUUUCCAAGAUGUUAUUGACAACUUGAUCAACAGUGCAAUCUUCAUCUACGUGGGGGCCAUCCUACCCUGGAGUCACUUUGGGGAGUGGUACGGUAUAACCCCGUGGCGAUUGGUUAUCCUGGGUAUCCUGGUGAUGCUGGUCAGGCGACUUCCAUGGGUCAUGCUAUGGAGCAAAUUUAUUCCCGCUUUGCCAUCAUGGCGCGAAUCCCUCUUUGCCGGAUUCUUUGGACCCAUCGGUGUCGGCGCGGUGUUCUAUGUGCAAAUAGCUCUAGAAACCUUGCCCGACAACCCCGAGUCGACACAUCUGCGCGAAGUCAUCACUCCCGUCGUGUACUUCCUCGUUCUCACCUCGAUUAUCGUCCACGGAGUAACCAUCCCAAUCGGCAAAGCAGGAUCAAGGGCGCGUACUUUGACGUUCAGUCGAUCCAACACAAACAAUAACAACGAUGGUACUGAAGGAUCCGGAGCUAGUGAGAGCGGAGGAGGUAGACGAGGGAAUCUACACGACGUCUCGCGAUUGCCUCCCCCCAUCUCGGCGGGUAUGGGCCAACUGCCCAUUCGCGAGACAGACAGUGCGUCCUCGGUAACCCAAUCUCCAGCGCAAAUGGAAAUGCCUGAUUCGGCGGACCGGAUGAAAGGGGGAAGGGACGUCAGGUUCCAUGAUGAGAGCUAG